UUGAGUAGGCACUUUUGUUGGUUUGUGUUAGUGUUCCAAGGUACAUAUAAUUAUGGAGCAAGCGUUGCCGACUGCCAAAUAUUUAUUAAUGAAAUCAUUUACUCACGGUACCGAAGGCCAGCUUCCACUCAUUAAGACCGUAUUGCCAUAGCUUGCCAUCUCACGAUUUAUCAAAAUAUUUUUACAACAUUUUAGUCUUGUCGCAGUCGCUAUGCCAGCGUUGAACGAUGCCAUAUCACAAAGACGUUUCAAGCAAGUUUAUUUCCUCAUGAACUACGGCGUAGACUUAAACACGAGAAAUGUUGCUGGAAAGACAGCAUUAAUGCAGCUUUGUGAACUAAGACCAGAAGAAACAGCAAUAGUUUUAUCAAAAGCACUUGUGAAAAGAGGCGCACGAAUCGAGCUAUGCGAUAGAAAUGGGAAAAACUCACUUGUUUAUGCCAUAUUGCACCAAAGAGAAAAACUUAGUCGUUACUUUCUUGAAGAAGCUAUUCAUUAUGACCUGAACGCCAAAGACAUGGAUGGAAAUACGGCUCUUUCUCACGCUGCUGCAAUAGGGAGCAUGGAAAUAAUUCGUCUGAUUGUUCGACUUUUGAAAAAAUUUCGACUCAGUGUUGACGUUCCUAAUAACAAGGGAGAAACUCCUUUGAUGCGAGCUGCGAAACAAGGGCAUAUUUCCUGUGCCAAGUUUAUUUUAUCCGAAGGUAAGGCUUCAAAAUAUAUGCGAGAUAAUAACUGCUGGAAAACGGCUUUGGAAUGGGAAGAAAGUUUACGUUCAGAAAACCAGCCGAAACUGGAGUGUUGUACUGGGCCCUUGCUUACUAAGUGUACUACGGAAGAAGAGACACAUGACCCUAGAAGGAGCAAGUCUGCUACCAAUGAAUGCAAAGAAAGUGUGAUUGGAAUAAGACCAGAUAGUUCUCCCUCAUUGUUCAAGCCAAAAACUUCACAAAGACAGGAGAUUGAACGUUUAUUUGAUGUUUACAAAGAUCAGUUAUCAAGUACUUAUAGAAAAGGAUACGUGAAUAGCAAAAUCAGUGAAACACUAGAAACAGAGACUGAAGGAUUCGAUUGUGUACCGACUAAAAAAUUUGAAGAUGAAUUUGAGGACGACAUUUUAGAGAAAUCCACCUCAUCUGGGAAUUCCACCCGAAGACUGUUUGCUAAAGGUGCUGCAGUAGUUAAGUUUAGAAAAGGAACUGCUUCUAGAGGUCAGCUUACCAGAACAAACACUUUGUCGGUGUCAUUCCCGCCUGGACAGGCUUCAAAAAUCGAAAACGCUUCUUUGGUAGAAAAGUCAAAUUCAGCAAAAGUCGCCGAGUCUCCCAGGACCGCACUUAACCGACCAAGGCGUCCUGCACGAAGUAAAUCAGAGAUUCCUUACGACUCAAUUAGUCGAUUAACGAAAGGAAUCGAAAACAAAUCGUAUAGCCCAAUACAGAAUAAUAAACUGCCAAGGAUUCAGUCACUUAAGAAGAGGAGAACAGAUUUGAGUAUGUCGACUGUUAUGGAGGAUGAAGAGAAUGACGAUUAGUAAGCAUUUCAAAAAUUAUUUGGAAGUAGGGUUGAAUAGAAACUGGAAUUUGUUUACUUUAAUCUGGAAAAAAUGGGAUUAGUAGCACUGGGAAAAAUUGCCAAUCGGGGAAUACGAUAUAAACUUUGAAAAAUUUUUCUGACUAAUUUUCAGUUCAUUAUUCGGCAUUUUUUUAGCUAAUACGUUUGCAUAAAGAUGUAAAGAUGGAAUAUCUUUUACCUAGCUACCGUAUAGCCAGUCUGAAAUACGAUUAUUAAUUGUAUUACCCAUUUUUGACCCUAAAACACUCAAUCCAUAGUUUAUGAGAAGUUUGGUUCGUAGCUCACUAACGGAUGAAUAAACCCCAAAAAGCGGAAAGAUGGCGAAAAAACCCCGACAAAUUCGAAAUUAAAACGACUUAGAAAAGGAUUCAUAAAGCUAAGCCCUUGGUUUUUGUCUAAAUCAUUGUAAUUAAAUAUAAAGGAUUACUAAUACAAUUAACCUUUAAAAGCUUUGACGCGAAAUUCUCUAAUAUAUGAAAAAUCGACUUACAAGUGCAAAUCAUUGAAAAUUGGACUUACUGAGCUAAGAUAUAAUCUAAAUGGAUCAAAAAUGAGCCCGACUGUCUGACACCAGACAUAUGCUCGUUAAUGAGAGUUAAUGAGAUUAUCUGUGCACCACUGUCUAUUCAUAAACUAUAAAUUGUUUUUCUAUUUCAUUUAUUGCUAUAUUUAGUUUGAUCUGUGAUAAGAUUUGAUGGAUAAACCCCCCAAAAAAGAAAAAAUAUGGCGAAAAAAAGACAAAUUCGAAAUAAAAACGACUUUGGAAAGGAUUCAUAACGCUAAGCUCUUGGUUUUUGUCUAUAUCAUUGAAAGAAAAUAUAAAGGAUUUCUAUACAAUUAACCUUCAAAAGCCUUGCCGUCGUUUGCAUUACUACGCGGCCACCCCAGACACAAAUCGCGUCGUAUAGUUUGCAAUAGACUGCCGUCAAUCAAACACCUCAUUCUACUUGGAUGUACUCGAACUCUUUGCAAUCGCUUUCGGAACUUUCCUUCGUGAUAUCUUACUGACUAAAUUUGAUAGAAAAGCCAACUCACUGAUCCAAACGUGUGUAAAUGGCGUCAACAUGAAUGAUUGACGGCAGUCUAUUGCAAACUACACGACUCGAUUUGUGUCUGGGGUGGCCUCGUAGUAAUGAAAACGACGGUCACGCGAAAUUCUCUAAUACAUGAAAAGUCGACUUAUACAAGUGCAAAUCAUUGACAAUUGGACUUAGUGAGCUAAGGAAGAUAUAAUCUAAAUGGAUCAAAGAUGAGCCCGGCUGUCUGAUUCCAAUUGUUUACCAGACAUAUGCUCGUUAAUGA